CAAAAAGUUUUCCUUAAGUUGUGUGUUACAUUUUAAUUUUUUUCUUUUCUAAAACAUAAAAAAAUCGCUUUUGUGUGGAUAUGUUGAACUCGUUGGAGGCUCUGGCCGGUAAAAUUUCGCCAGGCUCCGGAAAAAGUAGUCCAUCGUCGAUAACGAGCUCGUAUCAGCAACAAAAUCCCGCCCUUUUGCAGCAACUUGGCGUCCUUGUUGACACCAAUAAAACGGCAUCUUCGUGCAAAUCCUGCAAUCAUCACUCGACGCAUCCGUACCAAAAGCCCCAGCAUCACUUAAACAAUAAUAAUAACAAUAAUAACACAAAUAACAACAACAACAACAACAGCUCGAAUGACACAAUACAAUCACUUAAUCAUCAUGGUCAAACGGAGCAGUUGAUGCAACAAUUGCAGCAACAAAAUCAACAACAAACCGAGCCACCGAUGCUACUUCAAGACACAACAACAAAAGAGAAUGGUGUCAUGAUGAACAACAACAUCAAUUCGCAGCAAAAUAACAACACGAUUCUGAAUAACAAUGGCGGCAAGGAGGCGAUGGAUGCCGAUCAGCCGGACCCGGAUUUCAUCAAAAUGUUCGUGGGACAAGUGCCGCGCUCGAUGGAUGAGGCGCAACUCAAGGAGAUGUUUGAAGAAUUUGGACGCGUACAUACGAUAAAUGUACUGAGAGACAAAGUAACGGGACUCAGUAAAGGGUGCUGUUUUGUGACGUUUUACACAAGAAAGGCUGCUUUAAAGGCUCAAGAUGCUUUGCACAAUAUCAAGACUUUGGUUGGGAUGCAUCAUCCGAUUCAGAUGAAACCAGCAGAUAGUGAGAAUAGAAAUGAGAGAAAAUUAUUCGUUGGUAUGCUGAACAAAAAGUACAGUGAAGCUGAUGUACGACAAUUGUUUUCCGGUCAUGGAACUAUUGAGGAGUGCACUGUACUGCGUGACGCAAAUGGACUUAGUAAAGGCUGUGCUUUUGUGACAUUCGGGACAAAACAAGCGGCAAUCAGCGCCAUUAAGGCCUUACAUCAAAGUCAAACGAUGGAAGGAUGCUCGGCGCCGCUCGUCGUCAAAUUCGCCGAUACGCAAAAGGAAAAAGAUGCCAAACGUUUGCAGCAAAUGCAAUCGAGUCUCUUCAACAUAACCGCCGGCUUGAACUCGUCGGCGCUCGCACAAACAACCGCCGCAUUGACACCACCGCAAAUUCAUCCGAAUCCCCCCGCACAAGCGACGCCAUUUUUGGCAGCCGACGCCAUUACGCCCACGCAAUUACAAUUGUUGCAACAGUUGCAAGUUGCUGGUUUACAACAACAAUUGUUACAAGGACUUGGUGCACAAACUGAUGCCACGACAGCAGCUAGCUUGCUAGCGCCGAAUUUGCCUUUACAGAAUCUUGUGACCUUGGCAGCCAUGUCGCAACAACCGCAGUUAGCUGCCCAACCAGCUGCCGCUCAACUAACAAAUGCCGCGCAAUCAUUAUGGGGAACAACAGACACAUUGACAUCCGCAUAUCAAGCAGCUACGGGAUUGUCGCAAUUCGCAGCAACCUCACCGACAACUGCAGCGCAAAUGAGCGCCGCAUCCGCAUUCACCACAUCGCCUUUAACGCCGGGUUUGCAGCAAGCCGUUACUGCAGCUGCGGGAAAGCAAAUUGAAGGACCUGAUGGUUGCAAUUUGUUCAUCUACCAUUUGCCACAAGAAUUCACCGAUAGCGAUUUGGCGUCGACUUUCUUACCCUUUGGUUGUGUCGUUUCCGCAAAAGUGUUCAUCGACAAGCAAACGAACCUGUCAAAGUGCUUCGGCUUCGUGUCAUUCGACAAUCCAGCGUCAGCACAUGCGGCAAUCCAGGCGAUGCACGGCUUUCAAAUUGGCACGAAACGCUUGAAAGUUCAACUUAAGCGCUCAAAAGACGCAUCCAAGCCAUAUUAAAUCGUUACUUUUUUUUGUGUGUUAUUAACUUUAUUUAAAAACUUUCCACAAACCAGAAAAAUUUUGAAGUCCGUUUAUUAUUUGAAAAAAAAAGAAAAAAAAAAUUAACACACAAAAACAACAACAAAGAACAAUUUAACUUAAAAUAUAUAUUAUGUAUUAUUAUUAAUUAUUCUCCGAAAGUGAAGUAUAUAUAUUGAAUGUAACUGUUUAGAGAGUAAAGUGUUCAAAUUAUGUGACGACGAGGAGCGUUAUAAUUAUUAUUAUCUUAUAUAUUCUUAAUUUUUUUUACGUACUUUGAUUGAUUUGAGAAAAAUGAAGAA